UUCCCCCAUCCGCCGGUUGUAUCAAAACAAAAACGCAAAUAAUUACAAUCUGCCUUGUACGCCUUGUAACUUGUAUGUUUAUUCGUCCGCCGCGGAUGUUCAGUAUUAGUUCGUUCGUGGGUCGCGUUGGUUCGAUUGUUGUGUGCUUCGUUAGUAUCUUCUCGAGUCAAAAAGUGUUUCUUAUCGCGCGACGUGAGAUUGGUUAUUCGGCAUAUUUGUCUGAGAGGGAGCAACCUCCAGUCUGAGAAGUUCGCCUGGAAACAGCGGUUCGAAAACCGGUUCUUGACAAAUUCCUCCUGGAUUGUGGUCGUUGGAUGGAAAUGCGUUCAUCAUUUUGCUAGAUUCUGGUGCAAUACCUGUGAAAUAUAGAAGUGGGACGCCUUAUCCAGUUGAACAUUUUGUGCCAGUGCAAGUGAUCGAUCCGGCAGCUUAGUUCAUAGCCCUGGAGUGCCACUAGCAGCAGCCAUGGAAGCGGACAAGCGACCUGCUGCGCUUCCCGUGUGCCCCGCCCAGCGUGCCAGCUUCCUAUCUUACAUCGUUUUCGGAUGGGUUCUGCCCAUCUUCUACAAGGGCUCCAAGAAAGAACUGGGACCCGAAGACCUCUACCAACCGCUUACGGCGCACAAAUCGAGCAGCCUGGGCAACAAACUGUGUCGCGCGUGGGAAGAUGAAGUAGCGAAUAAGCGCGCCAAAGGAAAAGAACCCAGUCUGCUGCAGGCGGGUUUUCGAGUGUUCGGAUGGAACAUCGCCCUGCUUGGACUGAUCCUGUUGGUGCUCGAGUUGGCCUUCAAAGUUACUCAGCCGAUCUUUCUCGGUGCUUUGGUGGCGUACUACUCCAAGCAGAAUGGAGACGUCAAUGAGGCGUAUUUGUACGCGGCGGCCGUUGUUCUUUGCAGUGCCAUCAGCGUUCUCUUCAUGCACUCGUACAUGCUUUCGCAGCUUCAUCUCGGUAUGAAGCUGCGGGUGGCCGCUUGCAGUAUGAUCUAUCGAAAAUCACUCAGGUUGAGCAAGACCGCGCUCGGGGAUACGACCGCCGGUCAGGUGGUGAAUUUACUGUCGAACGACGUUGGCCGGUUGGAUCUGGCCGUUUUGUUUGUGCAUUAUCUGUGGGUUGGACCACUGGAAACGAUCGUGGUCACGUAUCUGAUGUACAGAGAAAUUGGCAUAUCGGCGGUGUUUGGUGUGAUAUUUCUGCUGAUGUUCAUUCCACUGCAAGCGUACCUUGGGAAGAAAACUUCGGAACUGCGGUUGCAAACUGCUCUGCGAACUGAUGAACGUGUGAGGUUGAUGAACGAGAUUAUUCAGGGAAUCCAGGUGAUCAAGAUGUACACCUGGGAGAAACCGUUUGCCAAGUUGGUGGCCCUGGCGAGAAGGAAAGAAAUCAAAGUCAUCCGCUACGUAUCCUACAUCCGGGGAAUCCUGUUGUCGUUCAUUAUGUUCACCACUCGCGUUUCCAUCUUUAUCAGCUUGAUCGCGUACGCCUUGCUGGGAAACUUCGUCACGGCGGAGAAAGCCUUCACCAUCACCGCCUACUACAACAUCCUCCGUGCCACGAUGACCAUCUUCUUCCCACAGGGCAUCGCUCAGUUUGCGGAGGCUAUUGUCUCCGUCGGUCGUAUCCAAAAGUUCAUGAGCUAUGACGAGGUGGAAGCCGCCAUCGGUGUGACCAUGACCGAUCCGGAAAAGGAGGAUGAGGACGACAGUUCAGAGGAUGGCGCUAGCCACAGCGAUGAACCGAAAGCUAAGGAUCAGAAUCUGCUGAUGAUGAAGCAUUCGGAAUCGGAUGGUUUGAACGAAAACGGAAAAACAGCAAAACAGCAGCAGCAGCCGCAACACCUAUCUGAGGCGGGAGUGAUCGUUGAUACGGCUACGGCCCGAUGGGAUCCGAAAUCUCAGGAGUAUACGUUGGAGGGUGUGAAUCUGCACGUGCAGCCAGGAACGCUGGUGGCAGUGAUUGGGCCCGUCGGUGCUGGCAAAUCUAGUCUGAUACAUGCGAUACUUGGGGAGCUACCUCUAGAAGGCGGAAGCAUCAAGGUGAACGGGGAGGUUUCAUAUGCCUCGCAAGAACCGUGGCUUUUUUCAGCCACAAUUCGACAGAACAUCCUGUUCGGUUUGCCUAUGGAUAAGGAUCGAUAUAAGAAGGUAGUUAAGACGUGUGCUUUGGAGAGAGAUUUCCAGCUGUUUUCAAAUGGUGACAAAACGGUCGUUGGUGAGAGAGGCGUUUCCUUGUCCGGAGGGCAGAAGGCACGAAUCAGUUUGGCUCGAGCUGUGUACCGACGUGCUGAAGUUUAUCUUCUGGACGAUCCGCUUAGUGCGGUUGAUUCUCAUGUAGGGCGCCACCUGUUUGACCACUGUAUGCGGGAUUUCCUCAGGGGGAAAGUCGUUAUCUUAAUCACCCAUCAACUGCAGUAUCUACAAAAUGCAGACCAAAUUGUAAUACUGAAGCACGGGAAGGUGGAAGCCGUGGGAACGUACGAUAGUUUGAGGGAUACUGGACUCGAUUUUGCUCAGUUACUUGCAGCUCCUGGCGGGAAGGAUGAAGAUGACACCACCGACACUGAUUCAUUUAAGCGAUCCGGAAGUUUAUAUCGGAGGCAAAGUAGCGACGCAAGCAUGGAUUCCAACAUUAAUGAGGGUGAUGUUUCGGCACCAGUACUAAACGAAGAAAAACGCAAAGAAGGCUCCAUUGGGUAUGGCGUUUACAAAUCGUAUUUUAAAGCCAGCGGAGGUUACAUAGUAAUCACUCUGUUGCUUAUGGCAUUUAUUCUGUCGCAACUGGCUGCUUCCGGUGGAGAUUAUUUCCUAACUUAUUGGGUCAACAAAGAGGAAUCGCGAAUUACGGUGAGCGAUGAAACUUUGUUGAAUGGAAGUGAAAACAAUGCAACGGAACCCUUCGUAUUGGACAGUCAAAAUGCGACGAGUUUAGCUGCCUCGAACUCUACCAGUUUGUUAGCCGGUGCUUUCGGGACCCUAUUGGACACGAUUCGACAAUUUACCGGGUCGGAUGAUGAUGACCGACAGAUUGACAUCUAUAUUUUUUCCGCAUUGACUGUUGCAACCGUGGUUAUUACUCUCAGCAGAAGUAUGUUCUUCUUCCAGGCUGCGAUGCGGGCGUCGAGGAAAUUGCACGACGCAAUGUUCAACGGAGUCACCCGCGCCACGAUGUAUUUCUUCAAUACGAAUCCAUCCGGCCGAAUUUUGAAUCGGUUUUCCAAGGAUAUGGGCCAGAUCGACGAGUACCUGCCUUCGGUGACAGUCGAUGUGAUUCAGAUAUUCCUGUCGCUGAUUGGUAUUGUUGUUGUGGUGGCCAUCGUCAACCCGUACAAUUUGAUAUCCACCGUCAUCAUUGGCAUCAUUUUCUAUUUUAUGCGAGAGUACUACCUUAAGACGUCGCGUAAUGUGAAACGCGUUGAAGCAACCACACGUUCCCCGAUUUACUCACAUCUAUCCGCCUCGCUAUCCGGUCUUUCAACUAUCCGUGCGUUUGGUGCCGAGAAAGUGCUCGUGAGUGAAUUCGACGGCCAUCAGGAUCUGCACAGCUCUUCGUUCUACCUGUUCAUCUCGACGUCCCGUGCCUUCGGGUUCUACCUGGACGUGUUUUGCGUGAUCUAUAUCGCUAUUGUAACGCUCACGUUUUUCAUCAACGGUGACAGCGGCGGAAACGUUGGCCUUGCAAUCACACAAGCCCUGGGUAUGACCGGAAUGGUACAGUGGGGUAUGCGCCAGUCGGCCGAGCUGGAAAAUACAAUGACUUCGGUCGAGCGAGUGGUGGAAUACGACACGGUUGAUCCGGAACCAGCGCUCGAAGCCGAAGGUGAAAAGAAACCACCCAAAGAGUGGCCCCAGGAGGGUAAGGUGAAGUUUGAGAAACUAUCCUUACGAUACGAUCCCGAUCCGGACACGGAUCGUGUGCUUAAAGAACUUGAAUUUGAAAUUCAGUCACGCGAGAAGGUCGGAAUUGUUGGUAGAACUGGCGCUGGAAAGUCGUCGUUGAUUAACGCACUGUUCCGUUUGUCCUAUAACGAAGGGUCGAUUUUGAUCGAUACCCGCGAUAUCCACGAAAUGGGACUGCACGAUCUGCGAGGUAAGCUUUCGAUCAUUCCACAAGAGCCGGUCCUCUUCUCCGGCAGUCUGCGCUACAACUUGGAUCCAUUUGACGAGUAUCCUGAUGACAAGCUGUGGCGUGCCCUGAAGGAGGUAAAGCUCGAAGAGGCUGUCAACGAGCUGCCUUCCGGCUUGUCAUCCAAGAUCAACGAAGGUGGAAGCAACUUCAGCGUGGGCCAACGACAACUGGUUUGUCUGGCGCGUGCCAUUCUGCGAGAGAACAAGAUUCUGGUGAUGGAUGAAGCCACCGCCAACGUAGACCCCCAGACGGAUAAGCUGAUCCAGCAAACGAUCAGAGAGAAAUUUGACGACUGCACGGUACUGACGAUUGCCCACCGAUUGAACACGGUUAUGGACUCCGACAAGGUUCUGGUUAUGGACGCUGGACGUUGCGUAGAAUUUGGAACACCGUACGAACUACUCACCGCAGAAGAUGGGCCAAGGAUAUUCUACGGCAUGGUAAAGCAGACGGGGAAGAGUACAUUUGACCACCUUUUCAAGAUUGCCAAAGAGGCUCACCAAAAGAAACACUGAUACUGAUCAGAUAUUGGACAUGCUACUUCCAAAGUGUAUAAAUUGGAAUACCCUAAUUUAGUCGGCCUCACAUCUCAUCAAUGUUGAUCUUCACCCAUUCUUCACUAUAAAUGUAGUUACUUAACUUAACGAGCCAAUACUUGGAGUGAUUUAAAACUUGGCAGAACUGUUUAACUUAAAAAGUGCCUGAAUACAAGUGCUACUUAAAAUAGAACAAAAAUAUUACAAUUGUUAGUAAAUAAGAGUAUACACACGCUAGGUAUACGAUAAGUACAAAGCAGUAUGAACUUUAUCGUUAUUUAAAUGGAAAGAAAUGAAGAUGCUUUUGACAGUUGAUGAACUUCCUGUAAAGUAAGAUAAGGUACUGUACCAUUACUGCUAGGUAGUAGAAAAUGUGAGCGAAAUUAAAUGCUAGGACGAAACACAUGUCUAAAUUUGUGUAGUUUGUAAUUGUAAGCCGAUAUUUUUUUUGUUUUUGUUAUACUCACAAUCGCAUGCCUCAACUCGGAAGAUCAUCUUCCAUCUUAGAAACGUGAAACAUUUGUACUUACAUUUGCAUACAUGCCUACAUCGGAGACUUGAAGUCGAGUUUUUAUAAUCCAUUAUUCCAUGAAGUCAGAAACUAUUUUAUGCUAGCAUAAUAAAACUGUGUUCAUCGAUGUAA